AUGAGAAAUACGACGAGUACGACCUGGAGAAGCAGCGCGACCUCAACCCUAACCGCGACAAUGCCUUCGCUCGUCUCUACGGUGGCGUCAAGGACAAAAUCUAAGCUAGGUUUAAAAUGUAGCAACGGAGAGACAGGGGAAACUGAAAGAUUUGAGUGCCUGGUGUUUGAUUGUGUGCUGAAAUGUGCAGAAAGCCGAGAUGGGUGA